AUGCCGAGAAACAAGCGAGUAAUGACUUCCAAGCUUGUUGCGGCUGCUGAUGAUGACGACGAUGAUGAUGAUGAUGAGGAGGAGGAAAAAAAGGACAGUGAAAAGGAUGUUGAAGAAGAUGAUGGAGACUUGAUACCAAAUGAGGGAGAUAUUAAAGUGGAGGAUCUGGAGGAGCAAAAUGACUUGGAUAACAACAAAGAGGUUGAUGACCAUUCUCUGAUUGAAGAAGAAAAAACAGAGGAAACAGAAGAAGACACCCACGAAAUGGAAGGUACAGAAGAAUCAGCUGAUGUUGAAGAGCCAAUGGAGACAUCAGGACCAGCAGAAAUAAGUGUAGAAGACACAAGUGAACAAAUGAAAGAUGACAGUGCUGCAGCCAUGGACAUGUCAGAGCUUGAUGGUUCCAAAGAGAACAGUUUGUCAGUCUCGUUGUUUGUCCAUGCAGAUGACGUACAAGAUGACCUUGAUGAUGAUUUGAAAGAAGCAGCUGCAGCAGAGGCUGCAGCAAAAGAGGCAGCUGCUGCAGAAGCUGCUGCUAAGAGUCAAGAAAAGGGGGAAGAAAAAUCUGAGAAAGGGAAAACCAAGGAUGCUGAAAACCAUGUUGGGAAAGAAGACACCAAGGCAGCAGAUAAAGCAAAAGAAGAGAAGGCUAAAGAUGGAGGAAGUUCAAAAUCUCAAACAUCUUCCUCCCAGAGUGAGAAAGGGAAAACAGGUGAAGCUAAGAGUAAAGAUUCCAAAGCUGCUGACAACAAGACAACCAAAACACCAGGAAAGAGUGCUUCCUCUGCAAAGGACAAAAAAGAAACUGGAAAGAGUCUGUGGGUGAGCAAUCUGUCAUCUGUAACAAGAGCUGCAGACCUGAAAACAAGGUUCAGUCAGUAUGGAAAGGUGGUUGGUGCUAAGAUUGUGACAAACUCUAAGGCUCCUGGUGCCCAGUGCUUUGGACUUGUUACCAUGUCAACAAGUGAGGAGGCUGCUAAGUGUAUAUCACACCUUCAUCGCACAGAACUGCAUGGAAAAACUAUCACAGUGGAUAGGGCUAAAGGUGAUCGCAUACCUACAACUCAAUCUAGCUCUGCCAAGAAGCCAACAGAUAAGAAACCAGUUGAUAAGAAGCAAGCUGACAGAAAGCCAGCUGUCAAAAAGCCUGCAGAAAAGAAACCAGUAGAGAAGAAACCAGCAGAAAAGAAACCAGCAGACAAGAAGCCAGCUGAUAAGAAACCAGUUGAGAAGAAGGACAAGCCAGCUGACUCAUCAGACAAAUCCAAAGCAAAAACUGAUGACAAGAAGCCGCUAGCAAAGAAACCUGUGGAAAAGACUCCUGGUAAAUCGACAGCCUCUAAAACACCAGCUAAGUCAUCUUCUAGAACUACUCCAAAACAACAGAAGUCAGGAAGUACUUCUUCAAGUGGCAAAAAAGACGAAGGUUCGAAACCGGUCGUGUCGAAUAAAUCCUCUGACAAGGAAAAGGAGAAAGACAAAGACCAGGAGAAGGAAAAAGACAAAGACAAGACGGAGAAAAGCACCGACAAAGAUAAAAGUAAAGAAAAGGACGAUAAAAAGCCCAGCAAAAGCCCAAUCAAGUCUAUUGACGAGAUCCGACGUGAUAGGCAGGAACGACAGAGGCUGGAGAGAGCUAAAGAGAUCCGUGAGCAGCGUGAACGUGAGCGACAGGAACGACUUCGACGAGAGCGUGAAAGGCUUGAACGGGAGAAAAUGGCCGAACGACAACGUGAACGUGAACGAGAAAGAGAACGUGAAAGGAGAAGGCUUCAGGUUAUACGUGAACGAGAGAUACGCGAAAGACAAGAACGUGAACGAAUACGGCUGCAGCGUGAAAUAGAACGGCAAAGAGAACUGGAACGCCAACGGGAACGUGAACGCCGUGAACGCGAGGAACGUGAACGCCUAGAACGGGAGAGGCGUGAGAGACUUGAACGAGAAAGACUUGAGCGUGAACGAAUUGAACGUGACCGCUUACAACGCAUUGAACGCGAACGAUUGGAACGUUUGGAACGUGAACGCCUUGAACGAGAGCGUUUGGACCGUCAACGUUUAGAACGUGAACGAUUGGAACGUGAACGUCGGAGCCUAAAGCGCCAUGGUGCGCCCUUUGAACGUGGAGAUCCAGCACAUGCUCAGAAACCAGUUGGUUUUUGGGAAGAACCUAAACGGGCUGCUUUGGGUGACGAAAGACCGCGUGACUUCUUCAGCGGUUCAGUGGGUGAGCGUGAUAGCAGACGUGACCGUCCUGAAGUCUCCUCAGACAGGCGUGAUUCUCGAGGAGGCCAUCGUGAAGACGGUCGGCAACCAGCUGGAGCCGGUCGCGAACGCAGAACCGAGGAGUGGAGUCGAGCAGACGAAAGGCGUCUUAAGAAAGAUGAGAGAGAGCGACGUAACGAAGAAGGACACCGCGGGCGUGACAAACCUCACGACCAUUCCAGAGGAGCACGUGAUCGUGACUUGCGUGACAGCCGUGGCAACCACGAGACUAAGGCCUGGGCUACUGGAGGUGACUUGUCUGGGGCCGGUGUUGGGGUUCUUGGAGCUGGAAUGGAUCCACAGAAGAGCUUGUCCAUCUUAUUGGAGCGUGCUGGCGUCAGGGGCAUCUUGGGCUCAGGCGCCUCAGCUCAAGGACAUAAUGUGCGAGGUGAUUUGAGUAAAUCUAUAGAGGAACCCAAUUGGCGUGCCCCUGACCCUCGUGAUAGCAGGCCGCCUAUCCCUCAAGCUGACAGAGGGGGGAACUUUACGCACGGGUCCUCAGGACUCACAGACAUUAGAAAUGUCCAUGUUGAUGCACGCUUCGGUUCGCUGUCCAUGGACACAAGCCAUCGCUCUGUGGCCAUCACUGGAGGAGUGGAAUCUAGCAAGCCACCCGCGCGAGACUGGCGAGACACACAUGGUGGUAGCCUGACAUCUAGAGACCGCGAUGCGCUUGCUGCCAGGGAGAGGGAGCGUCCACGAGAUCGUGGCGCGGAGGUCAAGCAGAGCAUUCCUCGUCCAGGAACCAUGUAUGAUGCUCGGGAUACCCGUGCACCGAUCAGCCGUGACUCCAUACCGCCUAGAGGUGCGUGGGGAAAUGGAAUGGACUCGCGCCAAAAUGCCACUCCUUCUCUUGGCGUGUCAAAUGCAGGCCGCCCCUCCGUUGACGAUAGGUCGCGUGCUGCAGUCACUGCCCGCGACAGUGCACCAACUCCUUGGAACCAGCCCGGAAGUUCUUUGGCGGCUCCUGUUGCCCGAGGUGCUUACACUGGAAGUGCAGUUCCCGGUGCGGAGAGGCGCCACCCUGUCGCAGGCGAUGUCAGAUAUGAGCCUUACAAGGGCGCCCCACGUGUCAGCAUGAUGCGGCGGUACUGAAACAUUGAUAAACUUCUGACGUUUCUUUGAUUCGGUGGACGAUUUUAAGUUAACUUCAAGUUUAAGGUGUGAAACAGUCCUCUGUGAAUCUUAUACUUGCGCAAGUUUUAGAACCUUGUGUGAAACUUGGUAACUUGCUCGACAAUUUUGGCAUUUUAGAGUCUCGGAAAUUCUCAACUGAGCAUAACUUGUACGUUAGAAUUAACGCC